UUGUGAAGAUCUUUCCUGUGUUGCCAAAGGCGAGUGUGCGCCGAUCGCAGUUGAAGUUAAACCAAAGCAAUUUUUCUAAGCUGGGUGCUGUUAAAGUGCUAAGUUUAAGUCAGAAAGAAUUUUAAAUAGUCAUUAGCAAAGUAGUGGAGUUAAUAGUGGAUUUCACUAUCUAAUUGUACAGGUAUGAGCCAUGCAAUCCAUCGAGAUGUUCGAAGUCUAGAGCAGCAGGUUGCUGGUCUGGACUUGAACAUCCCAAGAGGGACGUCACCAAAGGACGGCCCACAUUCACAUCAGGAAGCCGGAAAAUACGUUCCACCUCAUUUAAGGGGAGUAGACAGGAGAAGUGAUUCUUACAGCCAACAUCAGCAAGGAGGACCUCCUCAAGGCAGUUAUAGAGAUUUUUCUGGCCAACCAAAUCGAAGCUUACAAGGUGGUUAUGGAGGUAGGCAAGAUAAUUAUCGUUCCGGACGUGGUGGAGGCUAUGGUGGAGGAUCCAACUGGAACAGAGGCUACAACAAGGGGUCUGGUGGUGGUUACAAUUCUCAAGGUUAUGGUGGAGGCGGUGGUUAUGACAAUGACAGAAAUGUAUACAAUGGAAACCUUGACUGGUCAAAGCCACUACCACGAAAUGACAGGCUCGAAAGAGAGUUAUUUGGUGAUCGAUCCACAGGAAUCAACUUUGACAAGUAUGAAGACAUUCCUGUAGAGGCGACAGGAAAUGAUUCUCCACAGAAUAUUGAGACUUUUGAAGAGUGUGAUUUUGGGGAAAUUUUGGCAGAAAAUGUAAAGCUGUGUGGUUAUGCAAAACCAACCCCUGUUCAAAAGUAUGCCAUACCCAUUGUUAGAGAAAAUAGAGACUUAAUGGCGUGUGCACAGACUGGAUCUGGAAAGACUGCUGCCUUUCUUUUGCCGAUUAUGAAUAGAAUUUACAAAGAAGGACCUUACGGUCAGAAUUACGGGGCUGGAGGAAAACCUGGUCGUAGAAAGCAGUUUCCUUUCUGCUUGAUUUUGGCUCCAACAAGAGAGUUGGCAUCACAAAUCUAUGAUGAAUCUAGAAAGUUCGCGUAUCGGUCAAUGCUACGUCCCUGUGUUGUAUAUGGUGGUGCCGAUGUUGGUGCCCAAAUGAGAGACUUGGAGCGUGGCUGUCAUUUGCUCGUUGCCACUCCUGGUCGUCUCGUGGAUAUGAUACAAAGAGGAAAAAUUGGACUUGAGUCAAUCAGAUUUAUGGUGCUUGAUGAAGCUGACCGAAUGCUGGAUAUGGGUUUUGAGCAACAGAUUCGCGAAAUUGUGGAGAAGUGUGACAUGCCCCCACCUGGUCAAAGAGAGACCUUAAUGUUCAGUGCCACUUUCCCUAAAGAGAUCCAGAUGCUUGCCCGAGAUUUCCUGGACAAUUACAUAUUUUUAGCAGUCGGCCGAGUUGGAUCUACAAGCGAAAAUAUCACCCAAAAGGUUGUGUGGGUAGAGGAAAUGGACAAGCGUUCAUUUCUACUUGACCUGCUGAACGCCUCAGGUCCUGAUUCUUUGACCCUUGUUUUCGUGGAGACAAAAAGAGGAGCUGAUGCCCUUGAAGAUUAUUUGUAUAGAGAAGAAUACAAUGCAACAUCCAUUCAUGGAGACAAAUCACAAUAUGAAAGAGAGGUUGCCUUAGCCUCUUUCAGAAAUGGAAGAACUCCAAUCCUCGUUGCAACUGCAGUGGCUGCUAGGGGUCUUGACAUUCCAAACGUGAAGCAUGUGAUCAACUUUGACAUGCCAACAGAUAUUGAAGAAUACGUACACAGAAUUGGAAGAACCGGAAGAGUGGGACACACUGGAUUAGCAACGUCUUUCUUUAACGAGAAGAACCGCAACGUUGCGCGAGAUUUGAUGGACCUACUGACGGAAGCAAAGCAAGAAGUGCCUAACUGGCUUGAGUCUAUGGCCUACCAAGCACAACAACACCAAGCUGCCAAGAGGGCUCAGCAAAGAGGCAGGUACGGAGCGGGUGGUUUUGGGAGCAGGGAUUACCGUCAGUAUCAGAAUCGCGGCAAUCAAAACCAAGGUGGCUACAGGUCAGGCCACGAUGGUAGUCAGGGUUACGGCGGCAGUCGCGCUGGCUUUGGCUUUGGUGGUGGUGGUGGUGGCGGCGGCGGUGGCUUCAACAACUUUGUCCAACAGAACCAUCAUUUUAGCCGUGGGCCUCCUCCAAACGCACGUCCUGCAGCCGACGAUUGGUUUGACAACUAAGGCUUGACUGCCAAAGACCAGAACGUGCAGCAGUGUUUGUAUUUUCAUUAUUAGCGUACUAUGCCUUGUUCAGUCAGUUUUUGUUGGUAAAUCGGGGGAUAAAAGAGACAUCUAUAUGCGAGCUUUGCUAAUGCACGGAGUACUUGUCGCUAUCAAGAUUGAGGUUGAAUUAAAAAUGCAUGUUUAUCCAGAGAUCAGACGAAACCAAUUGUUGCUUAUCACUGCCUGGUGACUAUGCUUGUUAUUCCACAGUAAUUACAUCCUGACUUGUGCAUUUUCAUGCAUCUCUUGUAUCAAUAUAGUUUGGCGGUUCGGUGGAAUGACCAUUCACCUUAAUCCAAAUCAACGUGGCGCAUUCUGCCGGAAAGAAAAAACUCACCUAAAAAGCAACGAUUCGCCAAAUCUCUGGAUACUUUUCACUUUAUCUUUUUUCUGCGUGACUGCAUAUCCAGUCAGCCUUUCCCUCCGAAAUCUUUUUACCUUAGUAAAUAUGUAAUGUUCUUCUUGGGACCUUACAACGGAGAGGUCCAACUAUCAUUAAAUGGUUGAUAUCUGUUAUUACAUAGCUCGUAUCUAGGGUAUCAUGUUUUGCAAUUUGAGAGCUGGUAAGAAAUGUGCCAUUAUUUGGCUGUUUCGUGUUGUAUUCCGUAAAGUGUGUCAGAAGAUUUUAGUAGCUAUAUUUUGAAAUUAAGUGCUGUGGCUAAUGUAUCACAAGUAGCUUAACUCAGUAUGGGGCUCUUUUUUACCAUUGUCGGAAUUAAAGUUGAUGUCAGAAAAAUGUAUUAAAACAGCGUCUACAUCCUAAGACACAAGGAAUAGAAGUUUGGAAACCUACUAGGGCCCUUUGAAAAUCCAACAUUCAGAAUAUAGCUUGUGGUUUCAUUUUAUUUUCAUUGAGUCUCUAUAUUGUGACGCACGUAAAAAACAAAUGCUUAAGUCAGGUUUUUGAAAUUAUUCAUUUGACUAGUGUUUUUGAAAUCUGAAAAUAAGGUAAUUUAUGAAGCUGGAUUAAUAAUCAUUUGUAGCCGAAAAGAAAUGACAGUGACUAGAAUUAUUUGAAUUUCUCUCGUCUAGAAAGACUAAAUUUGCCAGCAACUAUCUUCUUUAAGAUGUGUUGCUUUUUCUGGCCCACUGAUAUCACUUUCAUUUGUAACUCAAGAAUAUGAAACGUUUGAUUAAGUUCUAAUUUAUCUCCAAUAGUAAUGCUGGCAAAUUUGUUGAUAAAAUAAGCCCUUAAUGAUGCAUUGAUUAUUAAAUGGAAAGAUUAACUAAGCCGCAAAACAGAUACCGGCCUUAGAACUUCGAUAGAUGAAAACAUUUGCGAGAAAGUUUUCAAUUUUCUGCA